CUUUCUCCCUCAAGUCUCGAACGCCAUAUCACUUCCCAACAUUCAGAGACUCCCCUCCCCUUCUCUCCGUCUCUCUCUCUCUCUCCAGCACUUCCAAUAAAACACAACGUAAGCUUCUUCUUCUUCUUCUUCUCCUCUUCUGUUGAAAUGGCCGUUGACGCUGUUCUGUCGUCGCCGCUUGGCCCUCCGGCGUGCGAGAAAGACUCCAAUGCCCUGAAGUUCAUCGAGGAGAUGACCCGGAACGCCGAAGCGGUCCAGGAGCGCAUCCUCGCCGAGAUAUUGAGCCGCAAUGCCCAUACUGAGUACCUCAAACGGUAUGGGCUCGGCGGGGCCACCGACCGUGACGCCUUCAAGUCCAAGGUCCCAGUGAUCACUUACGAGGACCUCCAGCCUGAAAUCCAGCGCAUCGCUAACGGCGACCGAUCCGCCAUCCUCUCCGCUCACCCCAUCUCCGAAUUCCUCACCAGCUCGGGGACUUCAGCAGGAGAGAGGAAGCUGAUGCCCACGAUUCAAGAGGAGCUAGAUCGCCGCCAGUUGCUCUACAGUCUCCUCAUGCCAGUCAUGAACCUCUACGUGCCUGGGCUUGACAAGGGCAAAGGCCUAUACUUCCUGUUCGUCAAGUCCGAGACACGGACCCCGGGAGGUCUCCUGGCCCGGCCGGUGCUCACGAGCUACUACAAGAGCGACCACUUCCGGACCCGCCCAUACGACCCCUACAACGUGUACACCAGCCCGAACGAGGCCGUGCUGUGCGCCGACUCGUUCCAGAGCAUGUACACCCAAAUGCUGUGCGGCCUGCUGGAGCGCGACCAUGUGCUCCGCCUCGGUGCUGUGUUUGCCUCGGGGCUGCUCAGAGCCAUCCGGUUCCUCCAGCUCAAUUGGCGCCAGCUGGCGGAUGACAUCAGGACCGGGACCCUCAACCCCAGGGUGACCGACCGGGCGAUCCGGGAAUGCAUGGGCCAGGUUCUGAAGCCGGACCCUGAGCUCGCCGAGUUCAUGUGCAGGGAGUGCGGAAAGGGGGAGUGGGAGGGCAUCAUCACUAGGAUUUGGCCCAAGACGAAGUACCUGGACGUGAUCGUCACGGGGGCUAUGGCCCAGUAUAUUCCAACGUUGGAUUACUAUAGCGGGGGCCUCCCCUUGGCAUGCACAAUGUAUGCAUCGUCCGAAUGCUAUUUCGGGCUCAACCUUAACCCGAUGUGCAAGCCGUCCGAGGUGUCCUACACGAUCAUGCCCAACAUGGCCUACUUCGAGUUCCUGCCCCAUGAGCCCGACUCCCCAGUCGUCUUCACAAAGGAGUCGCCCCCCGAGCUGGUGGACCUAGUAGACGUGGAGGUUGGAAAGGAGUACGAGCUCAUCAUCACCACCUACACUGGGCUAUACCGGUACAGGGUCGGGGACAUACUCCGGGUCACCGGGUUCCACAACUCGGCCCCACAGUUCCACUUCGUUCGGCGCAAGAACGUGCUCCUCAGCAUCGACUCGGACAAGACCGACGAGGCCGAGCUGCAGAGGGCUGUGGAGAACGCGUCCCAGGUCCUGCGAGGGCAUGGCGCCAGUGUUGUCGAGUACACAAGCUACGCGGACACGAGGACGAUCCCUGGCCACUACGUGAUCUAUUGGGAGCUCCUGGUGAAGGACCCAGCAAGGGCCCCGGGGUCGGACGCUCUGAGCAAGUGCUGCCUGGCCAUGGAGGAGUCGCUCAACUCAGUGUACCGGCAGUGCCGGGUGGCCGACAUCUCGAUCGGACCCCUUGAGAUACGCGUGGUGAGGUCGGGCACGUUCGAGGAGCUGAUGGACUACGCGAUCUCCCGAGGUGCCUCAAUAAAUCAAUACAAGGUGCCGAGAUGCGUCAAAUUCACCCCGAUCAUGGAGCUGCUAGACUCGAGAGUUGUCUCGACCCAUUUCAGCGCCGCUUUGCCCCAUUGGACCCCCGAAAGGAGACGGUAGCUUCCCCCAUCGACCGAUCCCCGCCCAAAAAAAAAAAAAGUCAACGGCCUGGUCAAAUAGAUUCUCUUGUCUCUCUCUGUUUUUUUUUUAUUUUUUUUUGGUUAGUGUUUUGUGGAAAGUGUAAGUUGAAUAGGACAUUUCAGGGUGAGGUUUUGUUUGUUAAAUGGGUUCAAUUAACCUGCGAAAAGUAUGUAAAACCUUUUCAAGUGUCUGUCCAGUGGAAUGGUUCUUUCAUGUAAACCGGGGGGACAGCUGGAAUCAAUUUUUCCAACGUGCUUAUUAA